AUGUCUGCACCAGUAGCCGCAGCAAAGGCUGUGAAAAAAUCUGCUUCAGGAGCAGAAUCGGCCUUCAAAGAUAAAGAUAAAGCCGCAAGCGUUAGAAACAGCAACAUUGUUGCUGCUAAGGCUGUAGCUGAUGCUGUUCGUACUUCGCUUGGACCUCGUGGUAUGGAUAAAAUGAUCCAGUCUGGAAAUGGAGAUGUUACUAUUACUAACGACGGAGCCACAAUCCUGAACCAAAUGAGUGUUAUCCAUCCAACAGCUAAAAUGCUUGUUGAGUUGUCUAGAGCUCAAGAUAUUGAAGCUGGUGACGGAACGACCACUGUCGUUGUAAUGGCUGGUGCUCUUCUCAAUGCUGCUCAAAAUCUUUUAGAGAAAGGAAUCCACCCCACUACUAUCUCUGACUCAUUCCAAAGUGCAGCUUUGGAAGCUGAAAAGAUCCUAACUGAAAUGAGCUCUCCAGUUGAUCUUGCCGACGAUGAGUUAUUGGUUAAAAUGGCUACCACCUCUUUGAACUCUAAAGUUGUUUCACAACACUCCUGGUUACUAGCUCCAAUGGCUGUUAAUGCUGUAAAGAAAAUUGUGGAUGUUAACAAGGAUAGUUCUGUCGAUCUCAAGAUGAUCAAGAUUAUUAAGAAGAUGGGAGACACUGUUGAGGAAUCUGAAAUGAUUGAUGGUGCUCUGAUCGACCAAAGAACAAUGGGACGUGGAGGUCCAACCAGAGUUGAGAAAGCUAAGAUAGGACUCAUUCAAUUCCAACUUAGUCCUCCCAAGACAGAUAUGGAGAACCAAGUUAUUAUUUCCGAUUACACCCAAAUGGAUCGUGCCUUGAAAGAGGAAAGAGCCUAUCUUCUUGAUUUGUGCAAGCAAAUCAAGAAAGCCGGUUGCAAUGUUCUUCUUAUUCAAAAAAGUAUUCUUAGAGAUGCUGUGAAUGAACUCUCUCUCCACUUCCUUGCCAAGAUGAAAAUUAUGGUCGUGAAAGAUAUUGAACGUGAAGAUAUCGAGUUUUACUCUAAGAUUCUCGGCUGCCGUCCUGUUGCUUCAGUGGACCAUUUCGUUCCUGAGGCUCUCGGAACUGCUGAUCUCGUCGAAGAAAUUCCAACUGGAGGAGAUGGAAAAGUAAUUAAGGUUACUGGUGUCCAAAACCCAGGGCAAGCCGUAUCCAUUCUGCUUCGUGGGUCAAACAAAUUAGUCUUGGAAGAGGCCGACAGAUCUCUCCAUGACGCUCUCUGUGUUAUUCGCUGCCUUGUUAAGCGCAAAGCUCUCCUUCCCGGUGGAGGUGCUCCUGAAAUGGAGAUCGCUGUCAAGUUACGCCAGCUCGCUCAAUCGCAAGCUGGAGCAACUCAGUAUUGCUGGAGAGCAUUUGCUGAAGCUCUGGAAUUGAUCCCAUAUACUCUCGCCGAGAAUGCUGGACUUUCUCCUAUUCAGACCGUAACUGAACUUAGAACUCAGCAUGCCAAUGGAAACGUUGAUUUCGGAGUCAACGUUAGAAAAGGAUAUGUCACUGACAUCCGUGAGGAAAACGUUCUUCAACCUUUAUUGGUAACACUUUCUGCUAUUAAGCAGGCUUCGGAAACUGUACGCUCCAUCUUGAAGAUUGAUGACAUCGUCAUGGCUGUUCGCUAA